GAAACUGAACUAUCUAAGGAAAACACUGUGAACAAACACAGAGGGCCGAGGAAAACCAUCUGAUCAGAGCAGCUCCCCGGGAGCACGGCAGGGAAAAAGGCGGCAGCUGGGCGGGAGGACGGCGAGCCGGGCCAUGUCCUCCACCAGAUGCCAAGUGGUGGGCUUCCUGCUGUCCAUCCUGGGCCUGGCCGGCUGCAUCGUUGCCACCGAGAUGGACAUGUGGAGCACCCAGGACCUAUACGACAGCCCGGUCACCGCCGUGUUCCAGUACGAAGGGCUCUGGCGCAGUUGCGUGCAGCAGAGCUCAGGCUUCACCGAGUGCCGGCCCUACCUCACCAUCCUGGGCCUGCCAGCCAUGCUGCAGGCCGUGCGAGCCCUGAUGAUCGUGGGCAUCGUCCUGAGCGUCAUUGGCCUCCUGGUGGCCGUCUUUGCCCUAAAGUGCAUCCGUAUUGGCAACAUGGAUGACUCCGCCAAAGCCAAAAUGACACUCACCUCCGGGAUCAUGUUCAUCAUCGCAGGUCUCUGUGCGAUUGCUGGAGUGUCUGUGUUUGCCAACAUGCUGGUUACUAACUUCUGGAUGUCCACAGCCAGCAUGUACACCAGCAUGGGGGGGAUGGUGCAGACCGUUCAGACCAGGUACACCUUUGGUGCAGCUCUGUUCGUCGGGUGGGUCGCUGGAGGCCUCACGCUGAUUGGGGGUGUGCUGAUGUGCAUCGCUUGCCGGGGUCUGGCCCCCGAGGAAACCAACUACAAAGCCGUCUCUUACCACGCCUCAGGCCACAACGUCGCCUACAGGCCUGGAGGUUUCAAAGCCAGCACUGGCUUUGAGUCCAACACCAGAAACAAGAAGAUAUAUGAUGGGGGUGCCCGCACAGAGGAUGAGGGACAGUCUCCUCCUUCCAAGUAUGACUACGUGUAGCCCUCCCCCCAAGUUACCCGGGCAGGGGCAGAAGAAACCCCUUGAGAUCUCACCCCAAAACAAGGAAUUCUACCUUGAUUUCCCAUAGCUUUUGACUCACAGUUGGAAGUUAGAAAGCCUUGUUUUUCCCUGUGGUGAGGCCAGAUGGUCUUGGCUACAUGCCUCUGUCUCUAACUGUUCCAUCACAAAACAGCUGAGUUAUCAUAUGGCAUUAGAGGCUAGAGCCCACAUCUGCCGGUCCUCUUAUCUUUUUUUUGACAUAAGCUUUUUAAUCUGUUGAUAGAAUAUGGUUUGAAUUCCUCUCAAUCACUUAGAUCACUUAGGCAAAAUGUCUGUCCUCCUUCUAGCUGACAGCCCAUUGAUGAUCUAUUUCCCAGCUCAUCCCCCAGAACAAUUCUGAAAGGAAAAAAUGAGUCAAUCAAAAGAUAUCAUUUUCUACUAUUUCAUUUUUGCCUCCCCUCCCACCCCUAGCCCUCACUUGGCUACUAAUAAACAUUGAUUGAAGAAGAGAUAGGGAGAGGGGGAAAUAUUUAUCAUAUCUGCAGUUCAUUAUCUGAGUUUUCUUACACUGUGAUCUUUAACAUUACUUGGGCCAAAGUGAUUUCACUUGGAGGAAACCAACAUUUCCACCUCUGCUAACAUCUGCUGGACUCCCCGCUGCAUGUCCUCUUUCUGUCACAGGCCAGAAAGUCUCUGGAGGAACAAGAAAAGGAUUUUUUCUUUUUCCUUUUUAUUUUUUUGUAAUCUAAAUAUAUUUGGUAUGCUAAAUAUAGUUAGAAUAAAUAAUGUAUUAGUGAAAUGAUACACUGUCUCUGUGAAUUAGCCUCACCCCUGCACAUGAAUAGAAGAAAACGAAAAAAUAAUUGCUUUGAUGUUGUCUGUAUUGUACUUGGUAAAAUCACAUUGAAGUCUGAAUUUCAUGAAAUGCUCACUGAUCCUAUUUCUUUCCCUUUGAGGUCUCCUGGACUCUGGUUAUGGAUGAUAGAAUCAGUGUAAUCCAUGUAAAAACCAAAUAAUGGGACACAGCAGGUCCUAGGAAGUGAGUUGAAACUAGUUCUAUUUUGAAAUGUGAUGAGCCUGAAUAUAAUGCUUCCCAGUGACAUGCGGCCACACUCACAAGCCUACAGGCCGCUGAGAGUUGAGGGUAGCACGCACUUGCUGUUCCCUGAAUUCACCUCCACUGGUUGGACCAUUAGAUGUUCAAGAACUCUCUGCAGCGACCCACCUUCCCUGCAUUUGUGUCACUGCUGCCAAAAGCCUAACCUCCUUCCUCCAGGCCACCAGCAUCCCGUCCCAGCACCAGAGCCAGAACAGGCCCCCCCAGGGAACUGUGGUAAGGGUACUCUCUCAAAACUACCUAGUCAGGCAACGGCACUGCCUCUAAGGGAAUCUGACCAGUGGGUUAUUAUUUGAGGGGGUGGGGGAGGAAGCCUUCAGGCCAAUAGUGCAGGUGAAAGUGGCUUCCAAGGAAACAAGGAAUAUUCAUAGGCGUCUUCAGGAUUGAAAGACUGUGUUCAGGGGAAGUCCAGACCAUGGCCCAUUAAACAGAGAGGAAUCAUGUUCACCAAGAACCCAAAGAGUCAACCCAGAGACCCUGCUCACUGAGACAUGCAUGCACAUGUGCUCAGUUGCUUCAGGCGUGUCUGACUCUUUGCAAUCCCAUGAACUGAAACCUCCCCAGACUCCUCUGUCCAUGGGAUUCUCCAGGCAAGAAUACUGGAGUGGGUUGCCAUUCCCUCUUCCAGGGAACCUUCCCAACCCAGGGAUCAAACCCGGGUCUCCUGCAUUGCAGGCAGAUUCUUUACCACUGAGCCACUGGAGAAGCCCUCUCACUGAGACAGCAGUGUUUAAAGACCAAAUCAGUACUCAUGAAACUCUAAGAUGGGAUAAAGAAUGGACAAAUAAAAUCAGGAUGGACCUAGAGAUGAUCAUACUAAGUGAAGUAAGUCAGAGAAAGACAAAUAUCAUAUGAUAUCACUUGUAUGUGAAAUCUUAAAAAAUGAUACAAAUGAACUUAUUUACAAAACAAAAACAGACUCAGGCUUAGAGAAAGAAUUCAUGGUUACCAGAAGGGCAGGGUUGAGGGAGGGAUAGACUGGGAGUUUGAGAUUGACUUGUACACACUGCUAUCUUUAAAAUAGAUAACCAAAAUGACCUACUGUAAAAAAAAAAAAAAUUAAAUCAGCAAAUGCAUGCACACCAAAAAAGUAGGGGUUGGGAGAGAAAAAACUGAGCAAUGUAAGAAAUGGAGAUUGUUCAGAGUCUUCAGGGUUGGCGUUGAAGGCCGUGGGCACAAUCAAUUCUCCCUCCCACCAGGGCAGAGUCCUGGUCAGUUCUGAGGCCCUGAGGUAUGGCUCUUUAAUUAGCAUGUUCUCUAUCAACACUGAAUUGUUUGAAAACCUCCAUGUAGUUACAGUAUGGUUUGUAAUUUUUUUUGUUGCUCUGUCUUAUUGUAUAUGCAUUGAGUAUUGACCUGCAUGUUUUGUUACUUAAAUAUUAAAGAUACUGUUAUCUCA